AUGGUCCAGACCAUCCGAACAGUACCCAGCUUCGAAGCCGCGAGCGACACGAGCUCCGACGCACCCUCACACACUUCCGCAUUCUCCAGUUCCGUAAACAGCAACGCCAGCGCAAUCAGCAUGGCAUCGAAUCACCAAGAAAGGACGCCAGGCGUCAAGUUAAAACACGACUGGCCUCACGCCAGCAACGACAACACCAUCAAAAUAGACUCAGCGAGGAGGGAAGAGACGCCGCCUGCCGACGAUGAAAACGCCGCUCCCGUACCCGAAGGACAAGGCCCAGGCUGGGACUCGACCAUUGGCAAGGCGGGUCUGGGAAAGACGGGACGGGUCAUCAACAAGCUCGUCAGCGACAACGAAGCCCUAAAGCGUGACAUCCAGAUCGAACGGUUACGAGCCGAGGAGGCUAAGCAGGCCGCCAAGCUGGUAGAGGACAAGAUGGAGCGCAUCAUCAGCGACUACGAGAGCCGCCUCCUCGAAGCGAGCGUCACCAAGACGCUCCUCAGCCGCAAGGAGCGCCAGGUCGAAACCCUCCACGCCAAUGUGGAACUAGAAAAGAAGCGCACGGCGGACGCCAAAGAAAAAGAGCUCCUGUGGCGCGACGAGAUGGAAAAGAUGCGCGCCAGCACGACGAAGCAGGUCGAGGACGCAAACACCCAUGCCGCGCUCAUGGAGGGACGGUACAACGCCAUCAGCUCGCACUGGAAGGACCAGGGCGACGAGGUGCAGCGCGCGCACCUAAAGCUGCGGUCCGAGAUUGCGGGCGUCGUCGAGGAGCGGCGGCGCGACGACGAAAAGAUUGCGGCGCUGCGGGACCUGUGCGACCAGCAGGACGGCAACAUCAAGGAGCUGAGGCGGCAAAAGGAGGAGAUCCAGAAAAAGUUUGACGAGUACAAGGCGCAGCAGGAAUUCUUGCUCAAGGAUAUCAAGGCUGGCGUCGCCGGGCGGGAUGCCGAGCAGGAGAGGUUGCUCGAGGAGACGAGGUCGACGUUAGCGAAGCUAAAGUGGGCGCUCAAUGUGAAAGAAAACGUCAAGGAUCUGCUGCAAUGA